UCUAUGUCAAAUCGUUCUAAACCAUCGACAAAACAAAAUGUUCAAGCUGUGCAUCUUCGUUGCUCUCUUCUGCCUGGCUGCUGCCGCUCCUGCGCCUGCGCCCGUGCCCGCUCCUGCUCCCGCUCCAGGACUGAUCGCUGCACCUGGACUCGUGGCACCUGGACUCUGGGGACCUGCUGUUGUCGCCGGACCCCAUCUGGUCGCUGCUCCCCAUGUGGUGAGCGUUGUCCCCAGCGCCAUCUCUCACUCUGCCAUCACCCAGGUGCAUCCUUCCCCGCUGCUGGUCAAGAGCAUCCAUGGCCUGGGACCCGUUGUGAUUGGUUAAUCUCCAGGAGAUUUAAAUCGCUACCAGGAAUACAUCUCACCCACACACGCCACGCCAUAUGCAACUCCUGUUCAACUCUCCAGCAUUUCUGGGAAAUCACACAUCCUGUCUUCCGUCGUGCCCUGUUUAUGAAGCAAGCAAAUCCAGCAAUGAGAACGAAAAAUACACAAAAAAAAUGUUUAGACACUAAAAUACAUUCCAAGCAAUAAAAUACCUACCAUACUUGUUAUAGCGAGCGAAAA